AACUUGGAUCCGUUCACAGAAACAUACAGCUUGAGCUACUAUAUGCACUACAUGGCCACCUGGCCGGAGUACAUGCGGGUUGUCGAAUCUCCUGUACUGACGGCUUUUUCAUCCAAAGCAAAAUCCGUAUUGGGCGGUCGAAUAAUGGGUUAUAUGGUUGCCAAAUCAGAAGGCCAAGGUGAAAGUUGGCAUGGUCACGUAACAGCACUCUCUGUCGCCCCAGAGUAUCGCCGAGUCGGUCUCGCCAGUCGUCUUAUGCGUGGUUUUGAGGAUACAUCGGAAAGAAAAAAAUGCUACUUCUCUGACCUCUUUGUACGCGCCUCCAAUGGACUAGGACACUCCGUUUACACGAAAAUGGGCUACAUCGUCUACCGACGAGUGCUAAAUUAUUAUUCAGGCAAAGAUGAUGAUGAGGAUGCUUUUGAUAUGCGAAAAGCUCUAACAGCUGACAAAGAAGGUCGGUCGGUUAUUCCAUUAACGCGACAUGUGAAGGUUGAAGAAUUGGAAUUUAACUGA